AUGGAUAAGCAGUCAAGUGAAAGUGGCAUUGAUACAAUGCAUGGUAGUAGUGAUACAGGUUCUAGCUGUUAUCAAUCCUAUACGGAAAUGACAGCUGAACAAGAAUUCUUUCUAUAUGAACUUGAAACAACUGAUUCAAACAGUAUGGGUUUAGUACUUAGAGCAAUAUAUGAUUGCGGUGAUGUUAAUAAAUUCACCAGAGCUUUAGAACAUAGAAUUCAACAGUAUAACAAGAAUAUUGAACGUGUUUGCACUUUUCAUUAUAAAGAAUUCGUUGAAUCGAUGAAAGUGUUAUUGGAACUACGUAAGCAAUGUGAUGACAUAAAGAAUAAAUCAGUUACAAUCGAUGAAGAAAUACAACGAGAAAGCAUCGACAUAGCCAAGAAGAAUCAAGAAAUUCUAAAAUAUAGGUAA